GAUAAAAGUAUGUCUCUGAUAAAGUCGGUAAAAGAUAAAUUUUUCCAGUGCUCCUUAAAAUCGCAAUAGCGCAUUUGAGGAAACAAUAGUGUUUUUGUAUUUUUGUUUACGUUUUUUAAGACUCUUCAAUAUGUCAUACAAUCCUCCCCCAAGCGGUCCUCCCCCGUACUACGGUUACCCUCCACCACCGAGCGCUGCACCUGGAUCUUUCACCUAUGUACCAGCACCGGUCAUGAUGCCGGUAUACCCCCCACAUCACGAAAUCAGCACGCAGCCUGCCUAUGUUACAAAUUACAUUUAUCCACCUCAACCAGCGCCUGAACCAGUACAAGUGGUAGAAAAUGUUGAGCCUCCAGCGGAACUCAUAGAUUGGGUGCCAGCGACACCUGCAACAGCUCAGACGCUUUAUGGCAAAGCUUACGUAGCUGGUAGAGAGGGGUGGGAUGGUAGUCCAUUAUGGGCUAUCCGCGCUCACCAUAACGGAAAUUUAGUUCCUGGCAAGCUAGCUAUUAAACAUAAAGCGGCUUACAUACCAUUUGCCGGUAAAGAAAUACCGGUGCACAAUUUUGAGGUGCUAUGCGCCCCAAGCUACGCAGUGCAUUGGGUGCCGGGCAAUCAGGGACAGGUGCCUCCUAACGCGAUCAUCGCUGGCAACACUCAUACAGCCGAACCUUUGUACCUUGGCAGGGCACGCCACAGGGGAUCUUUGUCUCCUGGCAAGAUUCAUGCCAGCCACGGAUGUUGCUACAUUUCGUUUAGUGGAUCAGAAGUGUCGUACAAACAGUACGAGGUUCUCUGCAGAACGGAAGGCUAACUGAAGUUUAUCGAAACUGUUUAAAAAGAAAAGAUAUCACGAGCCUUUUGUAAAAAAUAAAACCAUUUUUUUAUUUUAAUAUUA